GUGAGCUGAUUAUCAGCUCACUACUAUUGUAAUCAAAGGUAUGACCUAGCAAUGUUUCUAUCUUUAGUAUUAAGACAUUCCCUUCUCGACUCAAGACAGCAGCUGUUAACGUUUGUCCCAUCGAUGACCACUGCAUUUGACAAAGUUUUUCUUUUUCCUCUUAAGUUUUUAAUUUAGCUAAAGAUUUCGAGAUAAAUUUGAUAAGAACCUUUUCAUUUCAUUUUAAAAAAAGGCGUAGAGGCUAAUUUCAUUCUCUAAUAAUCCUUAAUAGAGACACAGAAUUGAAGAACAUCAUCACUAUAAGUUUGCUUCAUUGUUAAGUCAAAAAUCGUCUUUCAUUAGGAAGAAAUUGUCAAACAAUUUCUUCAUAAUAUAGAAAAUAAAGCUAAUAGUUUAUAAACAAACAUGAAGACAACAAGAAUAAUUACGAUGUAUUUGUAGAGGAUUCAAAGACGAUUUCAUAAAAGCAACUAAGCAGAAUUUCUAGAGCGUUAAAACAGUGACGUAAUUUCCUUUCAGAGAUGGGACGGGAAGAAUGAGGAGACAGACGUAAAUUGUUUCGCUGAUUCCGUGCACGGUCGAUGAUGUCGCAAUCAAGUGCGGAUGUUUUCACGUAGCUUGCUCUCUCGGAAAAGGAAGUUUACCGCAAAAAAUAGGAUUUACUUCGUUUCCGUUUGGGUCUUUCUACCCUCCGAGAGUAAGAGUCAUUUUUACAUACAGAUGUGUACGAUCAAGUAAAUACGUGAUGGAGGAGAGCUUGUUUGCUUUAAUUUAAAUAAAGUAGUGGUCAAAACAUAGAAUAAAUAAACCCUGAGGAUACGCUUUUCAACCUUUUUGAAACUGAGAAAUAUAAAAUUUCCAGAACUAAUUGAACUGAACUAAAUGAACUGAUGUCUCAAUUCCCAUUUAGUGAAGGCUAGGUUUACUAUUAAUAAACAAGGAACAGAAAUCUUUCCGGUUUUUUCCUUAGCAAAUAUUAAAACCAAACUCCCCCUGAGAAAGAAUUGACAACAAAAGAAUUGUGUGAUAUUAAUGAAUAUUGCUUCUUGUUUGAACGCUUCGCUCUUUCUAAUUCAUCGCCUAAAUCUGAGGAGAUGAUUUAACCUUUGAUUAAACAAAAAGUCAUAUAAAAAAGGCCCAUCGGAUUAAAAGCAUAACUUCACUACUGCGAUCGAUAUCUCUGAAAUUUUCUACCAUAUUUGAAUACUUGACGAACGGAGAAAUCCAGACUUACUUUAUUGAAGUAUGCCAGGUCAACUUGGUUACAAACUAUCAGUUCUCUUGGUUUUAACCACGAUAUUCAUGUUAUCGUGCGUUAAAUCUUCCACUCCACGAACCAGGAGGUCCCUGUCCGGCCCUGCAGCGGUAGGGGCAGUGCAAAUUGGAAUCCCUGCGUCCCAUAAAGUCUUAGACGACUGGUGCAUGAACGUCACAAAACACCUCAACACAACUCAGGAAAAAUUUGGCAGUAUCAAUUUCAACAGCUCAAUGGCACACUCCAUCAUCUCUUCUAUGGGAGUUACGGUACUUCAGAGACUUUCAUUCGACUUGGAACACUUAGAAAUAUACUAUCUUCUUUUUGGUCAAAUUCCAAGCUCAAAUUCAGAUCAGAAAUUUAAUUUGUGUGUAAACGACGGUAUCAACCUCAUGGGGGGGCUUGUCAUCAGCAUGCAAUUGACGGAGCUCUACCUCAAUGGUACGUCACCAUUCCCCCCUCAGUUCGUUAGUAAGGGAACGAUUGGUAGCCAGACUCGUUACCAGGACCUCAGUCACGAAAUAGCGCAGCUCAAAAGUUACAUGAGAGGGCUGGCCAUGAUACUGGCAGACAAAGACUUUAUCUCAGCACAAGUUUGAAGCCAAUAGGAAGUUGUC